AUGGCGGCCGCGUUGGCUCUUCAUCAGUCUCGGACAUGGCUCUCAGCAGCGGCUAGACUUCCGCUUUCCCGCAUUUCUCUCACUGCGGCCCUUGUGCCUGCUUUUCUGGCCUCUCCGAAGCCCUUCACUUGGGCUAUUCCUUCAUUACCUUCCUUGCUCGAGCUGUUCCCGCCAUGGCUCCUCGCCGUUCCGAAAAAGAAGACGUCACACUCACGAAAGGCGAUGAGGAGCGCCAACAAAGGCUUGAAGGACAAGCAAAACUUGGUGCAUUGUCAGGCUUGCGGUUCGCCGAAGCUGGCGCAUAAUAUCUGUCCUAAGUGCUACCGGGAACUGAACAUGGAUUGGAAGGCGAGGAACCGGACACCGGAGCUAUAA